ACCAUCAUCAUCAUCGUCGUCGUCGUCGUCGCCUGCCAGUGGAAGCAGUCCUGGACGGCUACCACCGAUGGAUGCAUACAUGCACACCACUCACCUCUGUAUCUACAGCUGUGUUUCUGUACGAAUGUACCGUCCCGCACGGUAAAGUGCUGCUCUGUCCCGUUCUGCACACGCACACACACACAUCACAUGAAGGACCCGUCUCACCUGCCUGAGCCCAUCCACCACCAGCGUCAUCGCCCACGUCGUCGCCGCUCUCUCUACCGUGUAUGCGAAUACAAAAGGGCCUGAAAUCGUCACUCUGUUACGCAAUACUUGCCUCUCUCCUCAGAUCAUGACCACCCAGAAGCAACUAGACAGCCACGCAAUCAAGACUACUUUCCCGCUCACGCCCAUCCAUCACCCUCUUCAUCUAGACCACUUGAUCAUUCCCCAGCGGUCCAUGAAUUGAUGCAGAGAUGCAGAGAUAUGGAGAGACUACGUACUCAACACCUCUUGGCGCUCUUUACACUAUCUCUGCCAUAUCUGCCAUCUGCCAGCUUGCCAGCCUGGGGACGGUAGCUUUUUAUCCUCCCUGGCACCACGCUUCCAGGCACUCCCGCUAGACCUCUAGCUACACGGCUGGAUCCUUGGGCCAGGCCGGUUCUUUUCUGAGCUUGCUGCUGUUCCGCUGCACCACUCCUUCAGUCGUGACCCUUGCCGCGUCAUUGAUUUCCCCAGUUUACGCACUGCGCUAACCCCUUGCAGAGCCCCUGCUUACCAUUUCUCUUGGCAUCUGCUAAUCCUCCCUAUUGCCUCGUCUCCGUUCCCUCUCUGCUUCUCUUUCCGAAACAGGCCUGUCUCGAACCACAUCCUCGACGCCUUGUCCACGGGAUGCUGCUGGUUCUAAAUGCAUCACUUUCCUUUUACACAAGAGGAACCCUGCCAAAACAAAGCACAUCAUGUUCUUGAUAGCGAUAUACAUAUUUGCAAGCAAAAUACCCUCGAUAACUUCAACAGAGCGAUCCCUAAGUUUGGUGUGGGUGUAUACGCGGACGCCAGUCUAGAACAUCUGCCCAAGACUCUCUACUUGUUUGUCCCCAAAGUAAUUUAGCUGUGUGUGUUUGGGACAAAAUCUCCGGGCCCAAGCCGAACGAGCGGAAAAGAGAGGAAGAAAAAAUCGCAAUUCGACGACGAAUGCGAUCCACAAAUCGACACCAGGAGCCACCAUUUCGCUCGUCCGCGCGAAUCAGCUCAAUUGCACACGCACGCCUAUCUCACUGAUUCACUGUACGUACACCAAAGUUCAUACGGCAUCAAUAAAAACAAAACCCGCUCCUGGCUAUGGGACGCCUCGUCCCGUUCGCGCUCCACUCAAACUUUCGCGGUGGCGAACAGUAAACGACGCGUGUACCUGCACGCGCAAACCCCCAAUUCGACGAUUGCACCAAUGACACAUCACUCCACAGUACGCCUGAUGGAAAGGACCCUCUUUCUGUAGUACCUCGCGCAAUGUCACAGGGUAUCUACGUAUAUCAUACACCGACCACGCCCAUUACAUUACGCAUCUUCACCGCUUCUUUUUUCUUGGACUGGUUUAACUCCAUCUUCGCAGCAGGGCAACUAAUUAGACAGCUUGUCUUUCCCGUUGCCGCAACCAUGUUGGACAGCAAGCUCGGAAACACAAGUGCUGAAGACUACGGAUGACGAUGCACCGUGCAAAAUCCUCUCUGCACGCGUAUACUACGACACAUCCGCUUGACAGAAACCCCUUCAACCAGGGAUCUUCUCUUUCUACUGUCCUAAUCUGUAAUAUGCAAUCAUCAUUUACAUGUUCCUCCGCACAAGCAUGCAUUCCAUUACACAUGGAAAUAAUAUAAUGGAGCCCCCCUCUCUCUUAACUACCCAUUGAAUUUCCAAAAACGGAGAUCAACGUAUGCUGAAGAAGAGGAAAAUGAAAAAAAAAGAAUAUCUGGUCCUCCGCCCUUGACAUGACCCACAUUCCGAUUCCUAGUUCUCAGUCCUAUCCUUUUUCUUUGUGGUUCGGGAGCAUGUUCGAUAUCGAUAAACUCGAUAUCUAA